ACAAAAGUGAGUUUCUAGUGUGCAUAGUUUGAUAGGAGCGGACGUCUCUGAAUGCAAGAUAGAUGCGUCGGCCGCAAAUUCAACGUGUGACUCAUACUGUUGAGAACAACUUGCAUGGGAACGCGAAGUGUGUAGUUUCUGAGGAGAGAUGAUGAUACUCCGCCCGCCGACGCCGUAACAGGUUAGGUCGGGCGUCGAUUCUUUUUUGCUACGGGUGGACAGGAAGUUUCGACUAAGCUGCGCAGCUAUGUUUUGAUUACCGGUUGCGUUCCUUGUCUUGUUGAGAAGAAGAAAUAUCUCUCGUUUUACAACGGUCAGGCUAACAAAAGUGAACACCAGAGGUCUCCGUUGUUAACACCUCCCCGCCCGCCUUGGUCCUGGUGUUUCUUCGGUGGAUGCAAAGAUGCUCCAUACCUCCUCUUCAUCCCCGGCGGAGCAACGAGAUAGGCCAUCUCUUCAUGAUGAACGACCUCUUCCCGACAGGGAUUCCUUGGCGCGCGAAUCACCAUCCCCAAAAAGCAAUGCAAGAACCAGCCGAACGUCAGUCCACGGGGAAGAGGAUCAUGAGCAGUUUCAGCAGAAAACACGGCUCUGUGGAGCAAGCACAGCGUCAGGCCCUCGGGGGAGCAGACGACAUACGCGGACGUCAACUUCAUCGACAGGCCUGAACUGCUUCAAAAGCGCUGCGCUGCGUCUCAGAACGCCGAGCCAAAACCACGGUGGUGCACAUCCGCCUGUUGCACGGUGCUCCAGAGAAACAGCGCAAGACGUGGAGGACAAAAAUGGCCGCACUUUGCUCCCUGACCAAGAAGCGGCUUUGAUCUAUCGGAAAGAUGAUGUCGGCAAGGCGAGCAGCCAAGAAAAUCCUGUGUCACCAAACAUCAUGUCGAUCACUGAUAAGAUCCUGGACGAGCCCGAAGAACCCUCGUCGUCCAGUGACCUCGAGCUGAUUCAGGUCAGCCUCGCCAAGGAGCUGGAGUUCCUCGACCGCACGAAAAAUGGGAACCGCUCCUCGUGGCCGUCUGUAUUGCGUCCUGCCUUCGGCGGAAAGACCACAUCUGCUAAGGCGAAGAACAAGAAGGGCCUAGUCACCACCGCCAAGACACCAACGUCUCCUCAUCAAGCGGCAAUUGGUACAGCAGAAAAAAGUGGUACGGAGCAGGAGAACCACAGCGCCGCUGCAGUUCAUCUGUCAAGAGCCGGCAAUACUAAACAGGAGACGACCACGACUUUCCACACGGUCGCGCGCAAGAUUUCGCAACCGCUCAGGGCCCUUUUCGCAACACUGCCAGCGAGGAGAAGCAAGACCUCCCGAGACCGCGCUGCAAGCGACGAGGAAGACGUGUGGCCCCUCUCUGGAGACCCACAGCGCGCCGAGAGCGGCAACCUGCGCGCCGCGAGCAAGAGCCAAACGUCCACCUGCUCCUCCAACGAGGCCCGCGUCAGCAACACCUCCGCCCCGCCGUUAUUGUCGGCCGGUAUUGGGAGCGCCGCAGGAGCCAACGGGCGCGCGCGGAGCCUGAGCUGCGACGAAGAGAAAUCAUCGCCCUCUACUCCGAACAAAGGUGGAGCGGAUCCGUUGCAGUACGGCAGUCCAGGCGGUGGACGAGGAGUUUCAAACUACAAGCAGGUGGGACGAGGAGGUGCGACUAGCUCGACAGCCUUUCAACAGCUGUCAAAAACCGCGGCCGGGAAUAGCAGUAAUUCACUCGAUAUUCUGAAAAUGCGGUCCGUAUCCGCGCCGGGUUUGUUUAACAAACAGGACUUUGCCGCGGGAUUCUGGUACUACCUGGACGGGACGGAGGAGAAGAUUGUCGGGCCCAACUCCAGCCAACACAUGCGGUCGCUGUACGAUAACAAAACCCUGAAUAACAACACGCCCGUUAUGAGCAGCUGCUUCGGAGAAGGUAUGGGUUACUACGUUGAUUGUACCUAAAUAACAUCAACAUCGCGCAAUGCAAGUUUAAUAUCUUCACCUUCAAUUCCAUACGCGUAGAUGUACUCGUUUUCGUACUUGAUGCCAAAAACGAAUCAUAAAUUUUCCCGACCUCAAAACUGACGCCUUUCUCUAUGCUCUCGUUAUGCACAGAUAUCUCCAACAAGCGGGUCUAUUACGCUCUCUCCGAAGUGUAUCCGGAAACUCGCCACUGCUUUUACCUCCCGGCAGUGAAGCCGGUGGCGGUAGCGGCCUCUAGUAGCAAAAACACGAGAAGCGGGGGCGGGCGGCUGUUUUCCAUCGAGGAAAGCGAGAACAUUAUUGAGGAGGAGGAGGAAGAGGAGGAGGAGGACCAGGAUAGCCAGAGUGCGGAAGAAGUGGAUGAGGACAAGAUUUCGCGUGACAGCUAGUCUUGAGUUGUGGAGUGCGGGUAGAAGUUCUCGCUGGUCCUUGCGAAUUCAACAUCUUCAAAAGCACCUACUUCUAUGUCAAAAUUUUCAUUUUGUUUCGCAGUGUACGAAAAAUAACAGUUUUUUACAUGGAGUUUCAGUUUCGUAGAGGUCAACAUCGUCAACAAAGGAGUAGUGUAGAAAUCGACUGAUUUUGAUUUUUUCAAAAAUUUUGGGCUGUUGAUGAGAUGAUUAGAAAACACAAUGUGGCUCUCCAGUGGGAACAAAGACAAACACAGAAAGAGGUUUCGUCAAUCGUCGUCGUCUUACCGUGCCUGAAAGUAGCUCAUCGCCACAUGGCGAGAAGACGUAGUCAAAUAUACUUUCUUUCGCGACGUGAUGUAAUUCGACCUUAAUACGGCGUAGGUUUCCAGACGCGUAGAUGAGCAGUGGCAGAAGUGGACCACCAUGGCAACAUCGAGUUCCAAAAAGAACAAAUCUGUUCCUGAUCUACUAACCUCACUAAUCAAAAUUUCAAAGUACAAGACCAAGGAACUACGACCAGUAGUGUCAAUAGUUGUCAGCACGUCGAGGUCGAUUGCCA